AUGACCUUGAUUCCAAUUAUGUUCGACCCGGAAGCGGAUAGAAACAUACUUCUGGAAAAUAGGGCUACCCUGAACAAUAAUGGCAACAUAACCUUCAACUUGAAAUGGAAAAAGAAGCAUUUAGGCUUGGUUGCAGAUUCAGACCUUGCUGAUCUUAUGGAAUUGGUGAAUUGUGGUGGGUUUGAGCUUGGUUGGAUCCGUGUGUUUGUGGCUGGGUUAAUACUGGCCGUUGAUAUUGAGUGUGAUCAAUGGCUAAGGUUUUAUCAGAAAAGGUGGGGUUUUUCCCUCUCCCCAUGGUCACUUUUGCUCAAUCUCCCCCAAAUUCACAUUUACAGCAAACACUACCAACCUCCAAAAUCACACUACGAGCUCCAAUCUCACCACCGUACGAAACCCCACCGGACAAAUCUCCACCGAACGACCACCGUACGACAACCAGACGAAGCUUUUGUUCCCACCAUCGAACGAACCCCCUUAAGAUUAAAGGGUGUUUGUUAUAUUACACUAACUCAAUAUGAUAUUGAAGAUGUUCAAGAACACUGCAAUAAUCUAUUUUCCCAGCAAGAGAUAGUUUCUUUGUAUAAAAGAUUUUGUCAACUCGACCGCAAUGCCAAGGGAUUCAUUUCUGCUGAUGAGUUUCUUUCGGUACCCGAAUUUGCAAUGAAUCCUCUGUCUCAGAGAUUGCUUAAGAUGGUGGAUGGUUUGAACUUUAAGGACUUUGUGAUAUUCUUGUCAGCUUUUAAUCCUAAAGCAAGCAUGCCCCAGAAGAUUGAACUUGAUGCCGUGUUCAUUAUAUAUCAUGAAAUGUGAAAAGAGAUUGAAGAGGAACAUGCAAGAAAAAAAAGAGUUGAGCUUAAAGCUAUGUUAAAGAUAUUGACGGCCACCGACGAAACUUGGUGCAGACACGAAGUAGGCUACGAAUGAAGAAAUAGAAAAGACAAGGAAGGAGAUGCCUUUUUUUAAAGGGCAAGGUGUUUCUUGGUUUAAUUGUAGUUUUUUUUAUGGAUAGUAAUAUAGUUUUGAAUAGAUAAGUAAUGACUGUUAUUUUACCCGUGUAAACUUUCGGGUUGAAUGUGUAUUGGGUCGAUUUGAGUAUGUU